CGUCCGCAUUCAUUCAAUCUCACCUCCGACCCACUCAAACUAACCCUAACCCUGCAUUCCAUUGGUUCCAUCAUGGGAAAUCUAAGUGACGCUCUCAAAUUAACAGGAACAUUGCGCAGAAGAUAUGUCCUGGGCAAUGGACUGAGAAAACGGGCAGAGAUUUAGAGGUAUUUGUGCAUGCUCUAUAUUACAGUUGAAAAGUGUAUAACAGCUUUCCAAUGCUGUUACUUGUGGCGAACACCUUUUUGCUUGAGUUGAUGCGUGCCCGCAGGUGGAAUAAUGUCACAUGUCACACCGUCCAUAUUUUCUGUUGUUUUGAUUUAUUUACUCAUUCAUCAUUUUAUGUGCGCACCUGUCCUAAUCAACCCACCCAUUAAAUAGACAGGCACAAUAGCACCAUCUGCUGGCACAAAAAAUACAUAACAAUAAACUGCAAAACCCCAAUCUGGCUCCUACAAAGUGUAUGUGACAAGAUGAUUAACGUUUGCUUUUGUUAAAUCAGGGCUUCCCCAGCCAGGAGUUCGGCUCAGACUGUGGCAUAUUCAUGUUGAUGGUAGGUCAUAACGAGCUGUAAUGCACAAAUAUUGAAUCUAGAAUAACUUUCCAACAUGGACUUUUUUAAAGUUAUCUCACAUGUUGUCUCAUAAUUUUUUUUUUUAAGUCUGCCAUGUACAUCGUUAUGGAGUCACAGUUUGACUACUCAGUUGUAAGUACUUUUCAACACGCAGUGUCAUCCUCAAGGUUGUAUUUUGUAUUGUGCACUAAAAUGAAAUACAAACAACAAUUUCAGCAUGACAUGCCUGUUUUGCGGCGAUGGUGGUGCCUGUUGCUCCUGGAGAACAAUUCUUUGAACAGGUAGACAGUUUAAGUAAACUAGAUGCCCUAAUUAACUGGAAGACAAUCAAUAUAUUGUACUUAAAGAUAUAUUGUCAUUACAGUUGUGGGAAAAUCUUCGCCCACUGGACCAAAGAAUGUCAAGAGCUCAUUGCUGGAAAGCAUACUCCGGUCUUCAGUCUAAAGAGGAAGGCAGAGCAGCAGGACAUAGAGGUUAGAAAAUUGCCUUCUAAAAACAGUAUUAUCUCAGUGGGAGUCCUUCAAAAUGCACACAGUUGUAUGGAUCAACAUUGUCUCGAUGUAUUUGGUAAUUGAUGUUACUUUUCAAAUUGCCUUGUCAAGGAAACCAUGACGCAGAUGGCAUCGGAUGUCCAAAGAAUGUGCAUGGCAGAUUCAAUGCAAUUCUGUGUCUACCAGACAUCGAACAACACAGGAGAGAGGUGUAUUGCAGACUCAAUUUAAUAAAUGCAAUUAUCGGGGCCUAUUCAGUGAUUUUCCAUGAAGUGACCACUUUUACAUAUAGUUUAAAUGCACGAAUCAUGCGGGAAAAUUAUUUAUACAUUCAAAUGUGCUGUAGAGGUAUAAUCAAUUGGACAGCGUGUUUGUUUAAUAUUAUGUUUGUCUCUCAUUUGAUCAGAUUGCUUUACCCUGAGGUAAAAUUGAUAAAAUGGGUCCAGUGCAAGACGUGCAGGGGCUGGCUGCAUCAGGAUUGUGCCGGGAUUGACAUGGAGCCGUUUGACUGCGGCUGCGAG